GCGAAAUGUUUUUUUUUUCAUGGUUUCAUUCUUCAAAUAAUUUGGCGAUAAAAUCUGCGAAUUAUUUUUCAUAUUAUCAUGUUGGACGUCAACGCGUUUAAUUAAACCGAUCUGAACAGUCUUCGAUGACUAGGAAUUGCGAUCAGAGUGAAUUACGUUGAUUGUGGCAUUUAAAUGGAAAUUUUCAUGAUGACACAAAAGCUUGUGAUAAUGGAUGUCCUCUGCUAGAGUAAAUAAUUGUGUUUCCUAAUAAUGGACGAGAAGUUAUUAAACGAUUUACUUGAGUGUUCAGUAUGCUUAGAACGCUUGGAUACAUCAAGCAAAGUGCUGUCUUGCCAGCAUACAUUUUGCAAAAAAUGCCUGGAUGAAAUUGUAGCUACUCAUAAAGAGCUUCGAUGUCCAGAAUGUCGAACACUUGUAGAAUGUCGGGUGGACGAACUGCCACCUAAUGUAUUACUCAUGAGGAUAUUGGAAGGUAUGAAGAGUAAAAAUGCGAUAGUAUCACCGCCUAAAAAACCUUCAGCUGUUGCAUGUUCCGACCAAAGACCGCCAAAAACAUCUAAACAAGUGCCAUAUCAACGUAAUAUGUUUGCAAGAGCAUUAUAUGAUUAUUCUUCCAAAGAACCUGGGGAUUUAAGUUUUAAAAAAGGAGAUAUGAUUAUAUUACGCCAAAAAGUUGAUUCUAAUUGGUAUCAAGGAGAAGCUAAUGGAGUAAUUGGUAUAUUUCCUUUAUCAUAUGUACAGGUGUUUCCAACAUCACUUCCUAGUCAUAUACCACAAUGUAAAGCAUUGUAUGAUUUUAAAAUGAACAAAGAGGAUGAUGAAGGAUGCUUAUCAUUUUCAAAAGGUGAUAUAAUCACAGUUUUAAGACGCAUUGAUCAAAAUUGGGCUGAAGGAAAAAUUUCCAAUCGCAUUGGUAUAUUUCCUUUAUCUUUUGUUGACUUGAAUCAAAUAGCACGUGCAUUAAUGAAACUGUCAGUUAGUUCACAACCUACCCAAAGUAGAAUGGCUCCUCCUACUCCCGAAGAAGCUGCUCCUUUAUUGCCAAUUGAACUAUCAGCUGCUUGUCAAUCAACAAAUACCAAACAUAAUACAACUGAUGAAGCAAAACAUGUACUAGAUAAUACAAAAGUUACCAAUGAGAAUACUUCAUCAUCAUCUUCUUCUACAACUACUACAUCUCCAAAUACUACUUCUCCAUCUGAUACCACAUCUAGCUCUCCUAGCCGGUCACCUUCACAUGCUCCUUUUGUUGAUAAUUCAAUAAAUCGUUCUUUACCAUCAUCAAAUCCAGACCCCCCUAAACGACAUAGUUUUACAAAUGGGGUUGGGCCUGUUUCAUCAAGCCCUCAUUCAUCGGAAAACAAACGAUAUUCGGCUGAGAUUUUAUCACAAGACGAUAUUGCUAUAUUUUCCAGUCCAAAUACCAGUUUAGAAGUUCAAUCCAGUCAGCCAAUGAAUGGAGUAAGGGAUUCUAAACUUCAUCGUCAUGGAAGUCUUAGAAGUCAUUCUAAACCAAUAAUUACCCAGAAUGUAAGGUCUAAAAUACCUAUUCAACUGCCAGCUAAACACGUCUCAUUAUAUCCUUAUAAACCUCAAAAAGCUGAUGAACUUGAAUUAAAACGUGGUCAGUUAUACAUGGUUACCGAAUGCUGUAAAGAUGGCUGGUAUAAAGGAACAUCAUUAAAAACUAAUUGUUCUGGUGUAUUUCCUGGAAACUAUGUAACACCUGCAAAAAUAUCUGUUCGUUUACUUGGAAAAUCUAGCAAUAAUCCAUCUUCAGUUCAAGAACAAAAAGAUGAUCAUUCGUCAUUUAAUGGUCAAUUAAAUGAUUGUAGUUUUCAAAGUGAUAUAGAUGAAAAUUUACCUUUAUAUCCACCACCUGAACUACCACCACGUAGCAAUAGUCCUUCUGUACAUAGUCGUGUAUCAAGUUGGUUGUCUGAAAUGCCAUCAACAUCUUCACGUGUUCGAUCAGCACCUACGCACAACAUAAAAUCUAUUUGUUGUAAUACAGUUUUGCCUAAUUCAAUUAAGCCUAUAGCAGCAUCAACUGACAAAGAUUCAACAACUACAGGUGUGGUUAAUACUGUUGCUGGUGCUGCUGCUCCUCCUACUGCAUCACCAUCACAUUCCUUGAGUCCAGAAAAUUUAGCUCAAAAACGUGGAAGGAAAAAAUGCUUUCUUACAAAUUCGGUGAUGCGUAGUUUUUCUAAUAUAAAAAUUAGAAAAUCACCUCCUCCUGUAUAUUCAAUGGAUAAUCCAGUAUUUGAUGAUAAUACUUCUAACAACACUGUUAUUGCACCAUCUCAACCAGUUCACACUAGAUCCGAUUCUUGUCCAUCAAAAUUACUAAAUGUAGAUGCCAUACAAAGGGUUCCUGAGCAACUUCCAUUAAAAGUCAGAGGAAACCAUAAUUUUAAAAGUGAACAGCAGCCAAAUGGAUCAUCAGUUUUAAUACAUCAUCGUAAAUCACAUAGUUUAGAUACAAAUAAUGGUAUAUCAGUAGACAUUAAGCCACAAGAUCGAAAACUUAAACAAAAUUCACGUACUCAGCAAAAUAUGUGCAGAUGUAUUGUUGCAUAUCCACCAAAUAGUGAGUAUGAAUUAGAACUCCGUGUAGGAGAUAUUUUAUAUGUGCAUAAGAUUAGGCAAGAUGGGUGGUAUAGAGGAACAUUAUUGAGAACUGGAAAAAGUGGUUUGUUUCCAUCAAGUUUUGUUGAGAAAAUUUAAUAAUAUUUUCUACCUAAAAUAUAGUAAAUAAUUUUAUUUAGGAACGUUAGUCAUUGUUAAUUUAAUUUAACUUAACUAUUAGGGUAUCUAGUUAUUUAUUGGUAUAAUAAUAAAUAUAUAUCUCAUUUAAUGUAUAUACCAAAAUUGUAUCAAUGAUGUAGAAACAUGUAGACUCUUAAAUAUUUAAUUUAAUUUGUGUAAUAAUUUGUGACUGUUUUG